GUUGAUUUUCAGCUAUUCCAUAGUCGGAGGCGGAAGAAGAUAACCAAAGAUGACCGCGAAACAGAUGUUAGUGAAACAGGAAAGCCAGAUCGUCCUGAAUAUGGUACGUUCCAAGGAUCAUCAGUGAAUGCUGCCUCCUCUCCUACGCCACCGCCAUACAGUAAGAAACGUUCGCGAAUGCCAUCCUAUCGUAUGAAUGGCGUUAUUCCAAAGAAUGAACCGCGAAAGAACUCCUCUUUAGGCUCUACAAACAGUAUGAAAAAAGCUAGUUCUGUGGCGGUGACCAAACAAAGCGAUAACCUUUUCAAUAAUCGUCCGGGUUUUCUGAUGACCCGACCAAUCAAAAUACGGCGACGUUUAUAUGAAUUUUAUACGGCACCUAUCACUACAUUCUGGGCAUGGACUAUCUCUUUCUGCUUAUUUCUCACUGCCUUCACCUAUGUCCUUCUUGUUCGAACACCAAAAAAUCCUACCUGGCUGGAAUGGGUUUUAUUCGCUUAUGUGAUUGCCUUUGGAAUGGAACAUUUUCGGAAGUUUCUCAUGUCCGAAAUGCAACCCAUUGGUCAAAAGCUCAAGUAUUUCUUCUACAACUAUUGGAACACGGUCACUGCCAUUGCUGUUGUAUCUUUCUUGUUUGGGUUUGGGAUGCGGGCUUUUGGUGUAAUCACGACUGGGCGGGUAAUUUUGGCAUGCAAUUCGGUUCUGUGGACAAUGAAGAUGUUAGACUACAUGAGCGUCCAUCCACGCUUGGGACCCUAUAUCACGAUGGCUGGGAAGAUGAUUCUCAAUAUGACCUACAUCGUGGUUAUGCUGGUAGUAUCCCUGUUAGCAUUUGGCCUUGCUCGACAGUCCAUUACGUAUCCCAACGAAGAUUUUCAUUGGCUCUUGGUGCGAAACAUCUUCUACAAGCCAUACUUCAUGCUGUAUGGAGAAGUAUACGCCGAUGAGAUUGAU